AUGGCCGAUCAGCAGGAACCGCUCUCUCUAGCAUCGACGUUCCCAAACCCCCCACCGUUCUGGAAGGACUUCACACAAGAGAAUCUGUCGCGAAUCGAGGAUCUGAGGCGGGAGUAUAGCAGCGAGCAUGGAGGUGCGAAGGCGCCGGAGCGGGUGCCCGGGGGCGUGCCCGAGGAGUUGACAAGACUGCAACCGCCCGCGGAGCCAGCAGACAGGCGAUGGAGGGUAUUUGGAGAUCAUUACACUGUAUGCGAUAAACCCUUUUCCAUUGAACUCGAAGAUAAAUUGCCCACUCUCGAAGACCAGGGCAUCCACAACCUAGCACCGACACAUCCCUCGCGAGCGAACAAAGACAAGGACGAAGCUGAAGAAGGCGAUGGGACACACUACGAUGCAGCACUGGAGCUGAAGCGCCUAGCCAAGUCCCUGCUAGUCAAUUUCCUCGAGCUGACGGGUACGUUGGCCACCCGCCCAGCCGACUCGGCAGCCAAGGUGGACGACCUGCGCACCCUCCUCAUCAACAUGCACCACACGCUCAACGAGUACAGGCCGCACCAAGCGCGCGAGUCAGCGGCCGAGAUGAUGCAGGACCACUUGGACAAGGUUCGGAGCGAGACGGUGGCGGUGCGGUCCCAGGUCGACAAGGCGCGCAGGGUGCUCGAGGGUCUGGGGAGCCUGACGGUGCCGUCUGUGCCUGACGAUGUGUUUGCCGGCAACGAGCACAAUGUCAAAGACAAGGAGCCUGAUUGGGACACGGCACAGAGCAAUAGGGAUUCUGAGCUGUGGAUCACUGCUGAUGGACUGCUCGCCUAG